GCAUUGCCAAGCGCCUCUCUCUCUCUCUCUCUCUCUCUCUCUCUCUAAAUUUGUUGGUAUUAAAAGGAGAAGACACCAGCGGCAGCAAGUAACAAACGUAAGCGAAAGAAGAUAAGAAAGAAAGGCUGCUCCAACAACACUACUAAAAGCACAGAGAGAGAGAGAGAGAGAGAGAGGAAGAAGAAGAAGAAGAAGAAGAAGAAAACAAAUUAAAGCGAGGGCUUGCUGCUCAUUAUCCAUCGCCAAGAAGAAGAAGAAAUAAACAAGCGGGCCGCGGGCCGCGGGCGGCGCCAUGGAAGAGGUGUUUUUGUGGUUGCUGAAGUUAAUGGUGGUGGGCGCGGCUGCGGUGUUCGUGUCGAAGUUGGUGGUUUUGUUCUGGUGGAAGCCGAGAAGGAUCGAGCACCAUUUUUCGAAGCAAGGCAUCAGAGGCCCGCCUUACCGCUUCUUCAUUGGCAACAGUAAGGAAAUUCUGGCCCUCAUGCUCAAGGGCUCCUCCCAGCCCAUGGCCUUCUCCCACAACAUUCUCCCCAGAGUCCUCUCCUUCUAUCACCACUGGCGCAAAAUCUACGGUGCAACGUUUCUGGUCUGGUUCGGACCCACGGUCCGGCUGACCGUAUCCGAUCCGGACCUCAUCCGAGAGAUCUUCACUUCCAAGCCUGAAUUCUACGAGAAGAACGAGGCUCACCCACUCAUCAAACAGCUCGAAGGCAACGGCCUCCUCAGCCUCAAAGGCGAAAAAUGGGCUCACCAUCGCAAGAUCAUCACUCCCACCUUCCAUAUGGAAAAUCUCAAAUUGUUGGUUCCGGUGGCGGCUGGCAGCGUGAUCGAAAUGCUAGACAAAUGGUGGGCAAUGCCCAAUUCCGGCGAGGUGGAAAUCGAAGUCUCUAAAUGGUUUGGGACUUUGACGGAAGAUAUCAUAACCCGGACAGCGUUCGGCAGCAGCUAUGAAGACGGAAAAGCCAUUUUCCGGCUGCAAGCUCAACAGAUGGCGCUGGCUUCCGAGGCCUUUCAGAAGGUUUUCAUCCCCGGGUAUAGAUUCUUGCCCACGAAAAGGAACGUGAAGUCUUGGAAAUUGGACAAGAAAAUCAAGAAAUCUCUGGUCGAUCUCAUCGAUAGGAGGAGAGAGAAUUCGGGGAGCGAAGCUCAGGAAAACGGGCCCAAGGAUUUAUUGGGCUUGAUGAUUCAGGCGAGCCUGAAGGGCGGAGCGCCGGCGUCGAAGAUCAUAACGGUGCAGGACAUUGCGGAGGAGUGCAAGAGCUUCUUCUUCGCCGGCGGGCAGACGACGUCAAACCUGCUGACGUGGACGGUGGUCUUGCUUGCUAUGCACCCGCAGUGGCAGGUGCUAGCACGUGAGGAGGUUCUCAAGGUGUGCGGACCACGUGACGUACCCUCCAAAGAUGACAUUGUCAAGCUUAAGACGCUGAGCAUGAUCCUUAAUGAGACGCUGAGGCUGUACCCGCCGACGGUUGCUACGAUCCGGCGCGCGAAGGCAGACGUGGAGCUCGGCGGGUGCAAGAUCCCUUGUGGGACCGAGCUGCUGAUCCCGAUCUUGGCCGUCCAUCACGACCAGGCCUUAUGGGGCAACGACGCCAACGAGUUCAACCCGGUCAGGUUCUCAGACGGGGUGGCCCGAGCAGCGAAGCACCCGGUGGCAUUCAUUCCGUUCGGGCUCGGAAUCCGGACCUGCAUCGGGCAAAACCUGGCGAUCCUACAGGCGAAGCUGACUCUCGCAAUCAUUCUCCGGCGAUUCUCCUUCAGCUUGGCCCCACAUUACAAACAUGCGCCAGCGGUUUUAAUGCUCCUGUACCCGCAAUACGGCGCGCCGAUCAUAUUCCGACGCCUGACCGAUCAAAUCUCUGAUCAAUAUCAACGGCUUUGAGACGACCAUGUUUCCUAUGCGUACCUAUGCUUUGUGUGUGAGCGAGUUCGAGUUCGAGUUCUUUCUUUUUUUUUUUUUUUUGUUAAUUUGUUAGUUUGUUUUUUUUUGCAUUGGAGUGCCCAAAAUACCCAUUGUUGCAUUAAUUGAAUUCAUGAGUUUUAGAAGUUAAUUAGGAUAUAUGGAUCAUUAGUUAAUUAAUGUGAUUACAGAGCAGAGCAUUUUCCGAUGUAAGUUGCAUCUAGUUAACUAGCCAGCUUUAUUAUAUCUAUCUACUAACCAACCAGCCAAAACCCAUGUGGCCGUGCCCAAGUGUGUGUGUGUUAUGCCAAACUUGUCUAGCUAGCUAGCUAGCUAGCUAGCAUGUAAGCCUUGUGCUAGUGUUAGGAUUAAUCAAUUCUACUCUGUAUGUAAUGUAAUGUAUUUCUGCACGCUAAUCAUCUAACACAGUUUUGUAAUGUUACACAUUUGGGAAUUUCAUAUGGUUGCUUUUC